AACUCCAAAACAAUUUUUUCAGUCUGCUGCGCGAUUGUGCCUGCGACGGCAGGGCUGCGACCGAACGCACGAGUGCCCUGAGCCCCCUGACACCAAGUGUGCGCUGAGAGGAGAUAUGUGAGGCCCUUUGGCCCUUGGAGAGACUACACCGAGCGCACUUUGCUGCCGCAUGGAGAGGAAAAAUGCGAUGGCAGCCACAGACGGGCAGAUCGUGGUUGCGGCGGCGCGGUGGAGCACCGAGGAGGUGCUCAGUCUGCGCGACUACGUGUCUUCGGCGGUCGAGGGCAACAAGCCGCAGCAGCAGCGCACCGAGGUGGUCAAGUUCGUUCGUGGACAGUACGCGUCGGUGGGCGUGCCGAACCUACCUAACCCGAGUCUGCACGCGAACGCUGUCCUCACCAGCUUUGGCAAGACGGUCAAGGUCGCUGCCCAGAGCGUCAAGUUUAAGGACGGCAAGCGACAGAGCGCAGUAGCGUCAGGUCUGCGUUUCUCGAUCCCCGAGUCGUACCCUGGCUUCUUCGAGAUCCUGAGCGAAGAGGGCAAGGCGGUGCGUUGCAUCGAUAGCGUGCUUGAGUUGGCCAAGAAGCUGCCGGAAAGCGUGUUGGUGCGCGAGAACCUGCGUGCUCUCGUGACGCCAGCGCCGCUGACGGAGCUGAGCGCCGACAAGUCGCGCAUUGUCUGUGCCGGCGAGGUGCUCACCCUGAAGAAGGAGGUCUCGAUGGCGGCCAGGACGCGUUGCAACCGUUUCCUGCAGUGCCUAGACUCCAAAGGUGACUUCGUCUACCUGAACCUUGAGCAGCGCGGCAGGUUCAGCCCCAUUGCGCGCAACGACAACAUCAGCGGCGUCCACUCUCUCCGCCAACUCAUCACCAACAAAAGGUUGCCCCUGAUGGUGCGACUGGUGUGGGGUCCGCCGCCGUUCAAGGGCACUUCGGGCGUGGCUCAGCCGUCUGAGCUGCGUCUGUUUAGCACCUUCGAGGAGGACUCGGUGUUCGCCCUGCCGCUGGGCCACAACGCCGGUCAGCUGGUGCCGCUGCCACUCGGCUGCAACCUGAAGCUGGUGCGAGCGAGGAACCAGGCCGACCUGGCGCGCCUCGAGCACUUUCAGCGGCUGUCGGCGGCCGCCGCACGCGCCGCCAGGGAGAUCCACAGCCGUAUGACAGUUCUUGAGACCUUCAAGGAUAGCAUCUCCUUCUGGAACUUAUCGCCAGGACACAGCAAGUUCGCCGGAGCAAAGGCAUCGGCGAAGAACAUUUUUCUGCGUCGCAGCGUGUCGCACGAAAGCCACAUGCUGAGCACGCCUGUGAUCAGCGAGGUGCCGUCGGAUGCGCCCACGCAGGACUUCCUCGAGAUCGACCAGAUCUACGACUACGUACGCGGCUUUGCACCGCUGCCCAAAAGCCUGCGCAACAACAGCAACAACAAGCAGCACCAGCAGCAGCAAAAGCAACCGCAGCAGCACCAGCAGCCGCCACCGACGACGCCGACAGAGCAGAAGCCAAAGCCGCCGCCCAUCGAGACCAUUCCGACAAACAAGCUGAACGCCGCGGCCAAAGCCAAACAGCAGCAACAGCAACAAGCGGCCAAGGAGCAGCACAAGCCGGCUUCCAAGACGGCCCUCAAGAUGGAGAUGCACGCGCAGAACCUGGCGCAGGAGUCGCUCAAGUCCAAACGCUUGUUCAAGUCCAAGACGACCUCGUCCAUCGCCGACCAUCACCUGAUCGCGUCCCCCGAGCCCUGUGAGAAGUCGUCCAUCGACCUCAGCUCCACUCAUCUGCUCACGCAGGCUGAUUUUGACAAGCAGGAUGAUUCAGGCGAGGAUACGGAUGAGGACGACCCGACCUACGAGAACACGACGCAAGUGUACCUGGAGAGUGGGAGCGGCGGCCGCAAGUACGCGCGGCAGAAGGCGACCAGCGAGAUGGGUUCGGCGUACAAGCGGAACAGCCAUAACGACAGCUCAAAGAAUUUAAUAAUUAGGAACAAGCAGCGGCGGGCGGGGGGCAGCGGGGGUGAGAGGGGGGCGUCUAAGUCGCACGAGGACCUGGCCGCGAAGAAAUGCCAAAGUCAGCCGGAGAGUCCGUCGUCGGCGCCCGAGCAGCAGCCGCUGUACAACUCGCUGAGCAAUUUGCGACUGACGCCGCCGUCGACAGGUGGCAGCAGCGGCAGGCGGCGACCGCACAUUAGCAAGCAGCGCUCGUUGUCCAGUCUGCUGGCCGAGGCGGCGCCGCACACGCCCGUCAUCGAGCACAAGCCGGUUGAGCUGCACCUGCACCUCAGCCGCAACCAAAAGCACCACCACGCCAAGGGCAAGCCGUCCAAACUUGGCAUUAUGUACUUGUGAUCUGGAUAAGCACAACGGGAAGUGCAGAGUCCCGAAUUUCAGAAGGACGAAUGUGUGUGAUAAUUGCACAAGGCUAAACAAUUUUGAUAAAACUGAUUUCAUUCUACUUGGAGGUGUCUACAGAAAUGGCACAAUCGCUCGGCACAAAAAUGUGGAGGAUUUUUUUUUGUAACUAAAUUUACAAGGGGAACGCACCUUUUGACCCAAAAAAUAUGUUAACUUUCAACGGGAUGAAAGUUAAAAACAAAUAUUUCCCAACCUCUAAAGCGAAUUCUCCGUGAGUGGUCAGCGAGUUAUAUGUGGUGUUGAAAAGCGAUCUAUUUUAGCGCGGCGCAGGUUUGCGGACGUUCUGAUUGGCCGGCGGCGGUAUGCGUCAUUGUUGGACAAUCAGAAUGUCCGCGGAUAAAUAGAUCGCUAUUUCGACCACCACUAACAACGGGGAUAUCGCCUUCAAGUAAAGGAAACUUGUUUUUUCAACUGUCUUCUGGUGUCAACUAAACACGAUUUUUCUUUUAGUUAAAUUCAUCUGGGGCUAGAUUCGCGCGACGUACAGGAAUAGAGUCGGGUGGGCGCUUUGAAACGGGCUAGUGAAAAUAUAGUAAAGAAGCAAGUUCUCAACAAUAAUGUGAUAUAAUUUGCAUCCCAUGAAUUAAUAAGGUCAAUCGGAUCGGAAAAACAUACUCGUGAACUCGUACAGAAAGCAAAAGAGAGCUCCAAGUUUUCCACUAUUCGAAGCCAUCUUGGGUCUCACUGACGGGAACCAAUUUCAACGUGUGUCGGGCCAUCGCUGGUCAAACGGUACGCUCCCAAGAAGGAAUUUUGAAAAAAUAUUUAGCUUUUUUAUCAUUAACAGGCCUUGUGCAAAAAAGGACCAAUUUUUUGGCCUUCUUCAGAGAACAUAAAAAGUUCGGUGUAAAAUAUUUGUCCAUGUUCUGAAUUUCGGGACUGUGGAACUGUCCCGAGGGCGACGGGCCGUGCAGACGCAGAGCAGAUGACCGAGUAGAAGAUAAUUGUGUGUUUUACCCAUGUCUACUUGUGGGCUGGUGAAAAGAAGAGCCACAGUGUGAGGUAGUCAAUCUAAUUUUAAUGUACCCGCGAUUUCAACUGUAACAAUGAUCUGGGCGGAUCGGCGACUCGGGGUUUCUCGCCUCAAAAAGUCCUAAAUAUAUUAUAUUGCUUCAAACAGUCCUGAAAGGAAUGUGAAAAAUUGUUCGAUUAAUGUGACUAUUUUCCACAAUUCUAAAAAUUAAAAAAAUAUCGUGAUAUAAAAGAGGACCCGUCGAGCGCGCCGCCAGCAAAAUAUAAACGUCUCAAAAACAAACCUUCGGAAUUGUACAUUUAAGGAAUUAUUUAUGUUGAAAGUUAUUGCCAUAACCACGAACCUUAACUUAAGUUGGUAUAUAAAUUUAUACGAUAUAUAUGAUAAUAAUUGUGAUAUCGAGCGACUUACACACAAAUUCAACAUGUGUCAAAGUAAAUAAGAGUAAAAAGAUUUGUAAAGCUUAAUAAAUACGUGGAAACUCGA